GACAUGACCUGAUUUACACAAUCUAUAAGAACAAUGCAGCGUUAAAAGCACACGGGACAGCAGGAGCUACUUAUUCAGGCUAGCUCCAGCCGGGGGGAGGACAACGCGGGAGUCAGAGCGUCUCCUCGGGGUCUGUGACCCAAUGCAUGGAGGCCGUCCGUUUUCAGGCCCGCUCAAGUUAAAACUCGGACUCCUAGCUAAAGGUUACAUCAUGUCAAGGGACUCAGAGGGCUUGCCUAGGUGAUGCUCAGGUCGGAGAAUGUUACUGUGGCCUCAGCACAUGAUUGGCAGAUGGGAGGAGAGAUUUGACAAGAAAACACGUUCUUUUUUAGCUAAUUUAGCUAACGGCUCAGCUUAAACGACUCAGCAAUUACGGACGUGCUUUUUGUGGAGGAAGGUACAGCAUUGGGAAACAUCGACACAGGAGUUAAAAAUAGAUGGAGAUGGGCAUGGCUCAACGAAAAAGGGGAAAAUGGCUUGCUUUAUUGAUCGUGGUGUAAAAAAUUAAACAGCCAGGUGCGUGCAUGUGUGUAAUAUGCCAUAAAAAAAUUCAGUAUGGAAGUAAUGGUAAAAAAAGUCCUGGCCCGCCACCAGUCAGAACCCACACACAAGGCUGCAGUUCCUUCUCUUGAGCACACCUCAUGCCUACCUGGGACCUCGGCGCUUUGAAUAAACUUGUAAUUUUUGUUAUGCUUUUGAUGCUUUAUACCAACUUAUGUCGAUUUUAAUAUCAAUGCUGUUUGUUAUAAAGGACAUUGUUCAAAUUUAAAUUGAGAAGAACGCACAAAGUUUCACUUAAAAAAAUAUUUUGAAAGUUUUCAGUCAAAUGAUUUUUUUUUACUUUAACCCCUGUGCAUGAGGCAGGAAUGAAAGCCAGAGAAACAACACAAAGACAUGAGUGCAGAUUCUACACCUCAUCCUGACAGAGAUUCUGCUCAAAUCUUUGUUUUCUUCUCUAAAAUCUGUUUUUACAUGGACACUGGUGGUGCAGUGACUGUUUUAGAACAGAAAUAUGCUGUGUUAGGACUUCUUCAGACUGGAGGACUUUUAAUCCUACUGUUGUCUUCUAUAUGGUUUUACCUCUUUAGGGUGAAAUAAAUAUCCAGAAAUCUGCAGCUACUUGUUCCAAAAGAACAGAAGCAGCAGCUGUAUAGUCACUGCAGACAGUUUACAGCCGUUUACUGUUUCCACACUGAAUAUGUUGUAGAUUGUAGAAUUCUAAAGGUCCUUACAUGUAGCAAUAGGAAUUGCUUAUGUAUUGUUUGUUCCUACCCGGACGCAAUUGAGUGACGCACCUGAUGAGAAAUGUGCCUGCUGAGUUGUGUAGCUGCAGUUAAAUAAAAGUUCCCUGUGAGCAAGGGUAAUGCUCAACCGUCCAGUUUGUAUAGUCAAUGUGAGACAGAAAAAGCUGAAACAUGGUGGCAGCGGUGCGUUUGGAGCUGUAAAUGGACAGUAAGGUACCGUUUUGAAUGAAGCUAAAAGAAGCUAACGGACGCUAGCAUAGCUGUGCGCCACCGGCAUAGCUAAUACUGGAGAAAAUACGAGCACUACAAGUACAAAAAUGGAUGGAUUAAAACCUCCUCAACAGUGGUGUAUGGACUCAGCUAAUCUUGCGAAGUCAUGGAAGUCUUGGAAGGAAGAAUUUAUGCUGUAUAUCGAGUUAGCAAUGCCAGAUGCAGAGGAAAAGGCGCGAGUAAAACUGUUCUACUACCUCAUCGGAGAACGAGGCAGAGAGCUCUGUGGUACGUUAAUAGGCUCCGAUGCGAGAGUGACUGUUAGCAGUUUAAUGGCUAAACUGGAUGAACAUUGUAAUCCCAAAGUAAAUGAAACUGUGGAAAGGUACAGAUUUUUUGCACACAACCAAGCUCCAGGAGAAGCUAUUGACAAAUAUGUGAUGGACUUGAGAACGCUUGCCAGCAGCUGCAAUUUUGGAGAUUUAAAAGAGUCACUGAUAAGAGACAGGAUUGUUUGUGGAACAUACAGUUCGAGUUGGAGAGAGAGACUACUCAGAGAGGACAAUCUGGAUCUGGAUAAAUGUCUAAAGAUUUGUAGAUCGAUGGAGAUCUCAGGUGAAUACAGCAGAACAAUAGAAGGACAUGGCGCAGAAGACAUACAUGCUUUUAAACAUUCAACAAGGAAGGCUGAGAUCAGUGGAGUAUCUUGCAGGUACUGUGGAAAAACCCAUGAAAGGCUCAAGCAAAAGUGCCCAGCUUUUGGAAAAAAAUGCAGGAAAUGCGGCAAAGACAAUCAUUUUGCAGUGACAUGCAGAAGCAAAGCUGGUGGGAAAGAGCACAAGAAAACAGUUCACACAGUAGCAGAGACCGAUUCAGAGUCAUGUGAGGACAUAAUGACAGUCACAGCAGUAACAUCAACGGCAGCAGAAGUGAACCAAAUCAAAGAGAAACAAAACAGCAACACUGAGCAACUAUUUGCUGGGAUGAUGAUUAACAGAAACCUUGUGAGCUUCCAGAUUGACUGUGGUGCAACCUGUAACGUCAUUCCCAUCAACCUGCUGAAUCCAGAUGUGAAGUUGGAGCACACGGACAAGGAUGAACUGAGCACCCAAAAUGGACUGGUUUUCAGAGGCGAGAGAGUUGUGAUCCCAGACUCACUCCAAAAGGACAUCACUCAACGGAUUCACUCAUCUCACCUGGGGACAGAAGGAUGCCUCAGGAGGGCAAGAGACUGCGUUUAUUGGCAUGGUAUGAAUGACCAUAUCAAAAAGCAUGUUGCUAAAUGUGACACGUGUCGAUCUGUGGACAUAAAACAACAAAAAGAGACACUACAGCCACAUGAGAUUAUCACCAGACCAUGGGCUAAAGUCGGAACGGACUUGUUCACGUUUGACAACAAAGACUACUUACUGACUGUGGACUACUACUCCAAUUUCUGGGAGGUGGACUACUUGCCAGAUACAAAGUCAAUCACAGUAAUCCGAAAGCUGAAAGCUCACUUUGCGCGUCAAGGGAUUCCAGAUGUUGUCUUUUCAGACAAUGGACCCCAGUACAGUUCAGCAGAAUUCUCAAAUUUCAGUCACAGAUGGGACUUCAAACACAAAACUUCCUCUCCUGGAUAUCCGCAAAGUAAUGGCAAGGCAGAAUCCGCUGUCAAAACUGCCAAACGGCUGAUGAGGAAAGCAAAAAUGGCUGGACAGGACCCGUAUCUCGCCAUUUUGGAUCAUCGCAACACUCCUACCCAAGGUUUGGACACGAGCCCUGCACAAAGACUCUUGAGCAGGAGAACAAGGACACUUCUGCCGAUCAGAGAGAGCCUACUGGAGCCGAAGGUGAUCAACAACAGUUCAGCACUCAGAAGGAAUCAACAGAGACAAUCAAAGUACUACAACCAAACAGCCAAGGACAUGGACUCAUUAAAACCAGGUGAUGUUGUGCGAGUGCAGCCUUUUGAACCGAACACCUUGUGGAGAAAGGCUACGGUGAACACCUCGCUUGGUAACAGAUCCUAUGCAGUCGAGCUGGACACAGGCGGUGUUCUCAGACGGAAUCGCCGCCAUCUGAGGAAAGCUGUGACAAUACAACCAGAAAUGUCAGAACAACCCCAAACUAAGACCAGGCUUGACCCAGUGUCCCAAAACACUGCUAACCCACAAACUACUACGAGGUCGGGACGUGUGAUACAGCGUCCAAGACAUUUGAAUGACUAUGUGUGUACUUCGCUUCAGUGAUAAAAAGGGGAGAAGGAGACUGAAGUUUAAGCAGUAAACUUUUGAAUAAAAUUAGUGAAUGUUCAUGCUGUUAAUGUUCAGGCAAAUAAGCUAAAGCUAUAUUGUGUUUACAAUGUUGAGAAAAAUAUGCAAUAUUUUGUUUAAAGCUGAAGUAAUAGAAAAAAAACGUUGAUGCACUCUGAAACUUUAUGGUAAAAUAUUUGGUUUGCACGUUGAGCUAAAUAAGUAAGUAAUAAGUAAGUAUCAGAUUUUUGAGGUUUUGAAAGUAAGUUUAAAUUUGACAAUUUUUGGAAGAUAUUUACAGAGCAUGUUUUCUUUUGAAAAGAAAAGGGAUGUAGCAAUAGGAAUUGCUUAUGUAUUGUUUGUUCCUACCCGGACGCAAUUGAGUGACGCACCUGAUGAGAAAUGUGCCUGCUGAGUUGUGUAGCUGCAGUUAAAUAAAAGUUCCCUGUGAGCAAGG